CAGCAAUUUUGAACCUUAUAGUGGUUAGGCCGGAAGGUUCACUGUUUAGUUGCAUACUCAAGUGUGAGAUGGCGCUAGAGUCAUAGAGGAAAUUUGAAACAGAAGGAGGGACUGAUUUGAUUGGUUACUAAAUAGGUUGUGACGUCACAGGGCCGAGGUUAUAUAUAUGACGCGGGCCGCGAUUACUAUUCAGUGUUUGGGCUACAACAGAACGAUUAACAGUGAACUGAAGAAACAAAACAAACAAUUGUGACAAACAUAAAUAUGUCUUCAUUAGGAGAAGUACAGAGAAUUAUUGGACUAUCCUUGAAUAAAAUUCAGAUGGGAAGAAAUCAGCGAGGUGGGUUGCCAUUGCAUAAAAACCUACUUGUGGCAACUGUUCUAAACAAGGCUAGAGAUGUGUACAUGCAGGAGACAAUGUACAUGAACUACAGACUCAUGGCCUGUGGACAGUUCAACCAGGAGGGUCAGGAUGAUAUCGAGGAGGAUGAUACUCCUGAAACCGAGGAUUAUGAAGAGGACAGUGAGUCUGAUGUUGAAGAAGAUGUUGAGAACAGUGUGAAGAAGGAUUAUGUUGCUCAGAACCUUCUCCCUUGUCUAGCAGCAGCUGUACAACCUGCUCCUGUUCAUCAACCUUCUCAGGUUCAGAAUACAGAGAAUAUUCAUCAAGCAGCUCCGGAGACAUCCAACCUUAACCUGACUCAGGGUAACAGUGAUGAAGGAUUCAUUGAUGAGUCUGACUGUGAUUGUGAUCGAAGAAAUUUCUGCCAAGACUCCGAGAACAGGGUUCCAUUCCAGUAUUGUUUUAAUUGUGCCCCCUUCCAUCCUUCUAAUGGAAGAGGACCAACCCUGGUUGGACCUCAGUCCACGAAUACCUGUGUUCUACCCAACUCUGUAAGCCAGGAGCAGGAGGAUAAGUUGAUCUACGAUAUGGACUCCAAGUCCACCAGGAACCAGAGUGGACAGAGUAACCUAAAGCGUAAACGUCUAAUCUCUGUAGAAGAAACCGAAGAUGCAAUCAUAUCCAUCCUACCGAAGAGGAAGAGGAAUGAGUCUGAGAAUGAGGAUGGGGUUGAUCUCAAUGAUUCUGGGUUCCAGGAUGAAGCUGAGGAAUUCCACCCGGCAUUUAGAGGACAUAGGAAAGCCAAGGGGAUGGAGGUUGAACAAAUCACCAGUCUUGUCUCAAUAUUCUCAUUCGGACAACAACUAUUUAACUCCCAGGACUCAUCUACUCCAACCCAACCUAAACCAAAGAAGGGAAAAGAGGACGAGGAUAGUGACAGUGAUAGUGACACGAGCAGUGACAGCGGACACUCAAGUGAUGAUCAUGAGAUUAACUCUGAUGAGAAGGGGGAGGAGCGGGGGGACGAAUUGCAAUUAAUUCCUGAGCUAUCAAACAGGAUUACUAAUUCAGAGCUUCGCUGCUCGCCUAAGGACGCAGAUUUGGAUGUUUCCAAUGUGGGAGUAACUACAGCGGUUUGAAGAACUGCUUUAACUCUAAAUAAUGCUUGUGAUAUUUUGCAAAUCUACUGAUAUGUACUUGCCAGCAUCUGGUAUGCCCUACAGUAUAUAGUACCUGUUUGCCUUCUCACAGAAUCCAAAUGUUCAAAAUUUCGGCUCAAAGCAGAUUACUGCUCUAAAAAUUAUCCCCCUUGGAAUGGUGAGGGGUGGAAUCAAGGCCCCCCAAGCCUGAAGAAAGAAUCUGAACCUGCCAGUCCGCCCCGGCGCGGUCCGACCUUCCAGUUAGAUGUGGGAAUUCAAGUGAUUUCCUUUAUGGAGUGACGCCACGCAGUAUGAAUAGAUGUACCUACCUCCUCCCCCCCCCCUCCCUCGCCACCCGUCCUGCCUCGAGAGUUUAGGGGUAACCCACCAAGAUUGUGAGUGUGCGGACUAGAGGGAGUUUAUUGUCCCGUCCCGGUGUAGGUUUGCCUGCUCCCGUCUCCAGCCAAAUACAAUUAUUCAGACAACAGAGAUCUAAAGAGAGAGAGAGUAAAGCAAACCUGAUAAAAUGUACCGACACUGCAGGGGCAGGCGGAGUAGGACGGAUGAGAAGGAGGUUCAAUCCUGGAGAAAGAUUAGAACGUGCAGCUCGGAUGAAAUUAAAGAUCCUUGAAACAAAUAUUGUCAUUAAAAGACAGAAUAAAUAUUUUACCUAUUAA